AUGGAUGAUUUUCUAAAGAGGAAGCUUCACACGGACGUGGAAGGCACCUGUACCGGACGGUUUGGUUACAUAAUUAAUGUACUCACAGUGAAAGAAAUCUCGAAAGGGAAGGUAUUGCCGUCUAUAGGACUGGCAGAAUUUACUGUCAAAUACCAAGCCAUUGUGUUUAAACCAUUUAAAGGCGAAGUGGUUGAUGGGACGGUGACAUCAGUUAACAAGAUGGGAUUUUUUGCGGAAGUAGGACCGUUACAAGUCUUCGUAUCAAGCCAUUUAAUCCCCUCCGAUAUGAAGUUUAAUCCAUACGUAAAUCCGCCAGCGUUUUCCGAUGAGAACAACACAAUCGAGAAAGGUAGUAACUGUAGAAUUAAAAUAGUGGGAACACGAUUUGAUGCAACCGAUAUAUUUGCGAUCGGUACUAUCAAAGAGGAUUUUUGUGGAAUAUUAUAG